AUAUUGCAAAUUUGCAAUUUUGUAAACUGAAACAGAGCGCUACUAUGGCCUGUAAACUCUCGCUCUUCAGCUCCACUCUCUCUCUAAUCCAUCCAGAAAUAUCUCUACAUUCUGCAAAAUUACCACUUCAGUUACCAAUUUCUCAAAAUUUCCAAAGCUUUACAGCUGCAAAAUCGAGAAGAACCGAAGAUGCGUGGCAGUUUUGCGCUACUGCAUCUGGAACGGAGGUUGAGGUUGAAGCUGACGUUGAAGUUGAAGUUGCAGAGGGGUACACGAUAACCCAAUUUAUUGAUAAGAUCAUCGACGUUUUCCUGAACGAGAAACCUAAGUCUAGAGAUUGGAAGAAAUACUUGAUUUUCAGAGAGGAGUGGGGCAAUUAUCGGCAGAAAUUUUAUAAUCGGUGUAAAACCCGCGCCGAUUCUGAAAAGGAUUCACAUAUUAAGCAAAAAUUGGUAGACUUGUCGAGGAGAGUUAGAAAGAUUUAUGAAGAAAUGGAAAAGCAUACUGCACUGUUAAAAGAGAUACAAGAUAGUCCCAUGGAUAUCAAUGCUAUUGUAGCAAAGAGACGUGGGGAUUUUACAGACAGUUUCUUUCGUCAUCUCACUUUGGUCUCAGAAACCUAUGACAGCUUGGAAGACCGAGAUGCGGUUGCAAGGCUUGGGACUCGAUGCUUAUCAGCAGUCAGCGCUUUCGAUAAUACUCUGGAGAUUGUGGGUACAUUAGACAUUGCCCAGGCUAAGUUCGAUGACAUCUUAAACUCCCCUUCAAUAGAUGCAGCAUGUGAGAAAAUAAAAAACCUAGCCAAGGCAAAAGAGCUUGACUCUUCUUUAAUUCUAUUGAUAAAUGGCGCUUGGUCAGCAGCAAAGGAGUCAGAAACGAUGAAAAAUGAGGUCAAAGAUAUAAUGUACCGUAUAUACAAGGCAACACAGAGUAGUUUGAGGAGUAUUGUGCCACAAGAAAUUAAACUGCUGAAGUAUUUGCUGAACAUCACAGAUCCUGAACAGAGAUUUUCUGCAUUGGCUACCGCUUUCUCCCCUGGUGAUGAACAUGAUAUCAAACAACCAAAUGCUAUAUACACAACUCCGAAGGAGCUGCACAAGUGGAUUAAGAUCAUGCUUGAUGCAUACCAUAUCAAUAUGGAAGAGACUGAAAUUAGGGAAGCCAAGAAAAUGGACCAACCUAUUGUUAUUCAGAGACUUUUCAUCCUUAAAGAAACUAUAGAAGAGGAGUACUUGGAGCGAAAUGUCAAAGCAGAGACGGGCGCAAGCUCAGAAAACAAAUAAGAUGCUCUUUCCACCAACUGGUGCUGCUAAAUCUGUGGGAGCUAGCUAGUAAACCUCGAAGUUCAUUUCGAGGGGGUGUGCUUAUUUCCUUAUUUGGAUGGAAUUAACUUAUACAUCUUCGUGAGAUCGAUAUGAGCCAUUUGCAUCCAGCACAUCUAACCCCCGCGAUGAAUUUCUGGAUCAUGUAUGAUGUAUCACUAGUUGUUCUUAUGCAAGCAUCCUAUUUAUGUCAUCAAGAUUUCCUUUGA